AUGGACACGCAAGGAUCCACUCUCAACUCUCCUGGUCACGAUGACACUUAUAAAAUCGUCUUUUUCCCUGCUACCGACGCAGUAGAGACAGAUAAGAAGUUGAAUGCUAUUACAUCAGAGGAGGAUGAGACCCUUCAGGUGACUCUAAACACAGCAAAUGUUAUCCUUGAACCUGUCCAAUCACAAAGCACAGAGCUCGUGACCAAGCAACCGGGUGUAGAGCCAUGCAUGAAGCCAGAGAACUAUGUUAUCAAACCAGAGUACCUUGGGGAAGCUCCUGAUUAUAUCGAUUGCCCAUACUGCAAAACACGCCAGAAAACUGAAGUUCGCCAUCAGUCUACCAGCCAGACAAAACUUGCAGCUGCUGGCUGUUUUCUCUUCUGUGGCGUCAUCCCUGUGUUUGUACCGUUCGUGUGCAAUUGGUGCGCUGACACAGAUCACCACUGCGAAAGUUGCAAGAGCCUUGUCGCCCACCAACCGCAUGAGGGCAAGAUGGAGGCUGUAUUGCCGCUAGUGUCUGAUGGAGUAGACUCUAGGUAUCACUCGAGCCAAUAUGCCGACAUGAGCAAGCAAUCUCAGCAGAAACUAGAGCCCAUACUGGCUGAAGCAGACACUGGAAAGCUAUAA